CCACAGCUGUUGCUGCUAAAUAUUCCAACAGCGUGCAAGACCAGCAAUGCCACAGUCCUGUCUCUUUAAACAGCGGGCGGGACAGCCAAUUCGUCUUGGGCGGUGACGUCAGGGAGUUCCUUUUUUUUUCUCCAGAAGAUCAAUUAAAACAAGGAGGAACUUUUUCAGUUUUACUACAAAACCGCUUGCACGCUGACAGAGAGGGUGGGAGAAAAAGAGAACGGAACUGACUGAAAGUUAAAACUAGUCUAGAGCCGAGAGAAUAACUUACCAGCUUGGUAACAUACUGACCGAUGUACACAACAGGUGGCAGAAUGACGUGGCUCCCCCUGCUGGCUGUGCUCCUGCAGCUGCUCCGAGCCUGCCGGACUGCCCCCUACUCUAACGGCUUCUUCUACCAUGACAUCAUGAACGGGAACGGCAACGGGGAGAUUUACUUUAAUGGAGUGCGGCUGCACGUGAAGGCUUUGGAAGCGCCCAUCUUUGCUGCCCGGGGCACCAACGUGACACUGCCCUGCCACUAUUACUACGAGCCGCGGCUGAGCGCUCCGCGCCGCACCCGAGUCAAGUGGUCCCGUCUGCCUGUGAACGGGGGCGAGGAGACGGACGUGCUGGUGGCUAUCGGCCUGCGCCACCGCAGCUUCGGGGAGUACAAGGGGCGAGUGCACCUGCAGCAGGACUCGGAGGGGGAGGCGUCUCUCGUCAUCACGCAGCUGCGCCUCGCUGACACAGGCCGGUACCGCUGUGAGGUCAUCGACGGGCUGGAAGACGAGAGCAGCACAGUGGAGCUGGAGUUGCGCGGCGUGGUGUUCCCCUACCAGCCCACAGGGAGGCGCUACCAGCUGAACUUCGAGGCGGCGCAGCGGGUGUGCGAGGAGCAGGAUGCCGCCCUGGCCACCUUCGAGCAGCUGUACGCGGCCUGGGAGGAGGGGCUGGACUGGUGCAACGCGGGCUGGCUGGCCGACGGGACGGUGCAGUACCCCAUCACCCAGACACGAGAGCCCUGCGGGGGACUAGGCCUGGCCCCGGGGCUCCGCAGCUACGGCCCCCGGCACAGGCAGCUGCACCUCUACGACGCCUUCUGCUUCUCCUCCUCUCUGCGGGGGAAGGUGUAUUUCCUGCAGCACCCUCACAAGCUGAACUUCACCGAGGCGCGGGCGGCGUGUGAGCAGGACGGGGCGAGCAUCGCCCGGGUGGGUCAGCUGUACGCAGCCUGGAGAUUCCUGGACCUGGACCGCUGUGACGCGGGCUGGCUGGCUGACGGGAGCCUGCGCUACCCCAUCGCCUUCCCCCGGACUAACUGCGGCCCCCCGGAGCCCGGUGUCAGGACCUUCGGCUUCCCCAGCAGGCACCAGAAACACGGCGUCUACUGCUAUGGGAUGAGAUAGAGCCGAGCCUAGCAGAGCUCAACUCCCAGCCUCACCCUGCUCACAUCACUGCUCCCUCCUCCAGCCCUUCUCUUCUGCCUCCCUCUCUGUACUAGUAAAAGCAUAGCGAAAUGUAGUAAAGCAUAGCAAAAGUAUGGUAAGCUAUAGGAAAGCAAUGGUAGAUGUGUUGCAUAAGCAUGGGAGAGUGAUGGGACAUGACUAUUGUACAAAAUCCCCAUGGUAGUCUGGCACAUGGGUUCCCUCCCUUACUCCCUCUCUCUCGCUCUUCUUGUGUUCUUCUCAUCUUCACUUAUCUCCUUCGUCUUCAGUUCCCUCCAUCUCUUUAACUGUCUCCAUCACUGUUAUUUCGUCCCAUCCCGCUGCUUUUCAAGCGCUCUCUGUUCGUUUAUGUGUUCUCCUCCCUCUCCCUUCUUCCACACUCCUUCCAUCUUGUCCCUGAGGCUUUCCCACCUUUCCCUGUUCCUCUGUUUUCCUUCAGCUCUUUAGGAGGCCUGGGAGUUCACAUUUCAUAGAGACGAUGAUGGUUAAGAGCUGCUGUAAUCUUAGCUGUGCUGAAAGGUACAGCAGAUUACUGACCAUUGACUUCAGUGUAUGUUUGUGUAUUAUCCAAUGAAGCAUAAGACAUUAGUAAUACCUCCUGUCCAGGGCAUUGUCUGUUAUUGGUGUGGGGGGGGGGGGAAGUUGGGAAACAUGAGUAUUAUCAUCAUUAAUAUUAUUAAUAAGACUAUAUUUUGUUAUUUUUUAAUUGUACCAAAUUCCUUGCUGGACCUCUUACAUCAGUAGUAAAAUACAGAACACACAAUUUCUAACUCUAAGGUGACAAUGUGAAACUUACAGUAUCUCCACCAUCCUGCUGCGGUGUACAGUAAGUAUAUGCAGGAGCAUGCUUAUUCAUUUCAGAGUGGAGCAGCAGCAGGGAUGUUUCCACUUGCGUGUGAACACACUGUCUCUGCUGUCUGAUAAAGAGUGUGCAGCAGGAGGUAUGCAUUAAUCAGAUAGCGUCAACUGAACAGGAUUAUGGGACCCCAUACCUUCAAACAGUCUUAAUAAAUAGAUGUGCUCUAAGAUUCACCCCCCCACAUUCCCAAUCUGAGCUGUGUUACAAUGUCAAGCACAUAGACUUGAAUAAUGCAGCUCAUCAAGACCUUGAUCUUACUGUAGCAUAAGAUAUGAUAUGAACCUUUUCAAACUUUCUUUGGUUUUUAAACACCAUGGAGUUAAGGGAGCCUAUAUUUAAUGUGAAAUAUAUUUUUUAUAUGUGUUUUUUUUAUUAAACUGUACUGUAUUAAAAUGCAUAUUUAAUGCCAAAGUCCUGUGUGUGCCUUCAGACCAAAACUCAUUCAUGCUGCAUUCAAGGUGUAUAACAGUCUGCUCAGUGUGUUCUUUGGUAUUUACUGUGUCUCUCCCAAUAGUCUUGUACAGAGCUGGGCUUCAGUCCCGGGACCUUCUUCUCUGCUUGUGUAAAUAUGUACAAAUAAAAUGUGAGAUACUGUACUUGUGAAGUAUAUGUCCUCAACACGGCUGUGAUAUUAUUCCACUGGUCUCUGUAUCCUUGCAUUUUAAUCUUAACAGAGUCUAACCUCUUUGGCAAUUUAACAGCACAGGUCUUUAAUUCUUACAGUGAAAUAAACGUUUUUUAACUUUUGUAAAUAA